CAUCAACAUCACGAUAUUACGACUGACACGAACAACAAGACCAACAAUCUAUACCUUUACUCGACUCGCUACGACCGAUACUAUCUCUACCUCCUAAUCGCAAUUGCUUCAGCCUCAGAACUCCGAAGCGAUUAGCACCGCUACCUCUACCUAGCUCCGACUACCACCUCUAUCUACCUCUACAGCUAUCACCAUGUCGGCCCAAAAGUCAGCGGGUAUUCAGCUCCUUCUCGAUGCUGAGAGGGAAGCUACCAAGAUUGUUCAGAAGGCUAGAGAGUACCGCACAAAGCGCGUUCGCGAAGCGCGCGACGAAGCCAAGAAGGAAAUAGAAGCGUACAAGGCGCAAAAGGAAGCCGAGUUCAAGAAGUUUGAGGCCGAGCACACACAAGGAAACCAAGCCGCCCAAGAGGAAGCCAACCGCGAAGCCGAGGCGCGGAUUCGCGAGAUCAAGGAGGCCGGCAACAAGAACCGCGAGCAGGUGAUUAAGGAUUUGUUGCAUGCCGUGUUUACUCCUUCUCCUGAGGCCAUGGCUGCUCACUAAGGGCAGUAACUGUACCUGGUUGGACAAACAGAAAUGGAAGGUGAUGGGGCGACGAUGGGGGUGAUGAUGUUGGAUUGGCCUGGGCUGGCCCGUUAUGGUAAACGACGAAAGGGGAGGCCGCGCCGUUUUUCUGUCAUGAAGGCAUGUUAGGUUGUUAGACGGAGAUUAUGAAGUUAAGUUUGUGACUUGGUAUUACUAUCCUACGGUUGUGGUUACGUGGUCUGCGUUUAAGGGUUCUAAAUAGACCAGGCCAUGCCUUGAUAGUAGACCAAGGGAAUCGCCAAAAUUCAUACCUUCCAAUA